AUGGCGGGUUGCCCUUUGGUUGUGCUGUGUAGAAAGCUGCAGAUGUUGAAAAAAGAGCUUAAGAGCUGGAAUCAUUCUUGCUUUGGUAAUGUUACUCAGAAUGUGCUGUUGGCUGAAUCGGAGCUCAUUCAAAUUAAGGAAAGCUCGUUGGUGGAUAAUGGAGAUUUUAAUAGAUUGGAGAAAGAGGCUCAGGAUAAACUUUCGCUUGCUUUGGAUGUUGAAGAAAGUUUCUGGAGGGAAAAGGCGAGAAUUAAAUGGCACAUUAAAGGGGAUCGUAACACGGCUUACUUUCAUCGUAUUUCCAAGAUUCGAAAUGCUAUCAAGCCUAUUUCUAUUCUGAAAUACGGAGAAGAGAUGAUUUCGGAGCCGGAUCCUGCUGUUCUUCAAUUCUUCUCUUCUAGUUGGCUUCCUACAGGGUUCAACUCUAAUGUGUUAGUGUUGAUUCCUAAAACGGAUAACGCAGAAUCAUUAGAUCUCUUUCGUCCAAUUGCUUUAUCAAACUUCAAAUACAAGAUUAUAACAAAAAUUAUUGCCACAAGACUUGCUUUAGUUAUGCCUCAUAUUGUGUCGAAUGAGCAACGUGGUUUCAUUCAAGGAAGGAAAAUUAAAGACUGUAUUGCUCUGGCUUCGGAAGCGUAUAAUCUCAUGGAUUCCAAAUCUUGGUGCGGUAAUAUGGCGCUUAAAGUAGAUAUUACGAAGGCUUUUGACACCAUUAAUUGGCAAUUUCUUCUCAAUGUUUAG